AUGGGAGAGAACAAGUGGAUGUCAGGAGAAGGAGGAAGAAGAAGGGAAGGAGGAUGGACGGUACCGCCGCGGGGGACCGGGGAGGAGGGCGAAGAAGAGGAUGGGGACCCCGCGGCGGGUCCGGGGCUUCGGUUCUUUACCUGGGAGGAGAUCGGGCAGCGGAACGGGGGGGGUCCGCCGCCGCAGGAGCGGUGGUUGGUGAUCGAGAGGAAGGUGUACGACAUCAGUCACUUCUACCGGAGGCACCCGGGGGGGGCCCGUCUCUUGGAGAGUCACGCCGGGCAGGACGCCACGGAUGCCUUUGUAGCAUUCCAUGUCAACAAGGUGCUGGUGAGCAAGUACUUGAAGUCACUGCAGAUUGGGGAGCUGGCACCAGAUCAACCCAGUAUUGAGCCCACUAAAAAUAAAAUGCUGGUGGAAGACUUCCGUGAACUGCGUGCUACUGUUGAGAAAAUGGGACUUCUGAAGCCAAAUCAACUCUUCUUCUUCCUGCACCUCGCUCACAUCCUCCUGUUGGAUACUGCUGCUUGGCUCAUUCUCUUCUACUUUGGGACAUCCUUAAUGCCUUUUAUUGUCUCUCUGGUGGUGCUGACCAUUUCCCAGGUCCAGGCUUCAUGGUUACAGCAUGAUUUAGGGCAUCUUUCAGUAUUCAGGAAGACCAAGUGGAACCACUUGUUGCAUAAGUUUGUGAUGUGCCACUUGCUUGGGGCAUCGGCCAAAUGGUGGACCCUUCUGCACUCCCAGCACCAUGCCAAACCCAACUGCUUCCAGAAAGAUCCUGAUAUUGAUAUGCACCCUUUCUUGUUUACUUUGGGGAAGAAAUUGUCUGUGGAGCUUGGGAUGAAAAAGAAAAAAUACAUGCCAUACAAUCACCAACAUAAAUACUUCUUCAUCACUCUUCCUCCGCUCCUGUUUCCCACCUACUUCCAGUGCCACACAUUUUAUAUUGCAUACACAAAAAGGUAUUGGGCGGACUUGGCCUGGAUGCUGACCUUCUAUAUCAGAUUCUUUUUUACUUAUGGAGCAUUAUUAGAAAUAAAGAGUCUCCUGGCAUAUUUUUUUAUAUUCAGGAUGCUGGAGAGCAGCUGGUUUGUCUGGGUUUCACAGAUGAACCAUAUCCCUAUGGAUAUUUACUAUGACAACAAUUUGGACUGGGCGUCUACUCAGCUCCAGGCAACGUGCAAUGUUGAGCAGUCUCUGUUCAAUGACUGGUUUACUGGGCAUCUGAACUUCCAGAUUGAACAUCACCUAUUCCCCACAAUGCCAAGACACAACUACUGGAAGGUGGCUCCUCUGGUGAAGUCCUUGUGUGCCAAACACGGCAUUGAGUACCAAUGUAAGCCGUUGCUCACGGCUUUUGCAGACAUUGUGCACUCUCUGAAGAAUUCAGGAGAGCUCUGGCUUGAUGCCUACCUACACAAAUAAGACAAGGCUCGAUGGUACCAUUUGCAGCCUGCCACAUCUUUGCAUUCCCAGCAAGCUGAGGAGCAGGGACCACAAGGGACUCUAUGGCAGAAGAAAAUGGAUAAGAAGUGAAGAACGAUUCCAAUAGAUAUGAAGUUACCUGAAUUUUACUUCUGGUCUUUCCUGGUGUUUUGCUUCAGAUGUGUUAAGAGUGGAUAGGGCAAGCAGGAGAUGAAUGGUUAGAACAGGGAGAAACUCUUUGCUAAUUUACUCAGACACAAUAUGGCCAAAGCAUUUUGGAGCCUGAGUAUGUGUUCAAGUCAGAUCAUGGACUGGUGCAGCUGCACACACUUAACUUCAUGUCAGGGGAUUUUUUUAGCUACUCCUCAUGGGGAAGGCUUAAUGCUUAAUACAACAUUUGCUUAUUUGAAGUCAUAUGAAAUUGCACAGGAUUUUGAAUUAACAUGGUGUUCCAGCAAUGUGCUUAAAUUAUAAUAAAUUAUAAUAAACUACAUAUACUCCAAGUGUUAUAGCAAUUGCAAUAUGCAGCUGACUAACAACAUAACUGUGUUUCCUAUUACUGUUCUCUAGAGCAUCCUCAUUUUCACAAUGCCAGGCAUCCCCAGUUGUCAGGAAGACAUACAUGGGUUGAAACCGGCUCAAGCCCACUGUUCUCUUCAAAGUUUCUU